AUGGUCGCCUCUGAGGAGCCAAGCAGUGCGCAUGGCCCCAGUCCCGUGGAUGAGUCGACCGCCCUCCUAAGGUCCGGCACGGCUACGAACGGUGAUUUACGAACAGCAGAUCACCCCAAUGGCUCGUCCGAAGGUGACUCUAGCCAGACCGAUGGAAAGCCGCUAGACAAGAUCCAGAUCUUACUUCUCUGCUAUGCCCGCGUGCUCGCAUUUUCGUUGUUCGGUGUGACGGUCGCCACAGGCCUUUUCGGCUUCGCUAAAACCAUCCCGCAAAUGAUAUUGUUCCGAUGUCUGGCCGGCGUCUUUGCAGGAACCAUCGUCACGGUCCGGACGAUGAUAGCCGAGCACAGCACUCCCAAGACCCAGGCCCGAGCAUUCAGCUGGUUCGCCUUCGCCGGAAACCUGGGAAUCUUCCUCGGGCCGCUCAUCGGAGGCGCCCUUGCAGACCCGGCACACCAGUACCCAGAUACCUUCGGAAAUGUUGAACUCUUCCUGCGCUUCCCAUACGCGCUUUCAAGCCUGGUGAUUGCCCUUAUAUCGGCCACAGCCGCGGUUUUCACAGCCCUCUUUGUCCGUGAGACGCUGGUGAAGGAACCGGAGACGACAGCCGAAAGCAACGAAGAGUCUGCAUCGGAUACCCCAGUCAAGAGCGUCAAUCUUUCCACAACGGAGCUUUUAAAGUCACCCGGCGUAGCUAUCGUGCUGUACGUCUACCUCCACACCAUGGUCCUUGCAAACGCUUUCACGGCUAUCAUCCCCGUGUUCUGGUACAUCCCUCCAAAGCUCGGGGGGUUUGGCUUCAGUGCCCGGCAGAUUUCCCUCAUGAUGGGCCUCAACGGUUUCGCACAAGCUUCGUGGCUGCUGUUGAUCUUCCCUGUCCUGGCACGGCGAGUCGGCUCAGAUGGCGUCAUGCGGAUAUGUGGAAUCGCCUACCCAAUCUUCUUCAUGUGCAACCCUGCCGCGAGUGCCCUAUUGCGUAUUAACACCGAAGUGUCCACCACGGCAUUCUGGGUCUUUGCUCCUAUCGCACUAGCACUCGGCAGCGGUGUGGCGAUGAGCUUCACGGCUAUUCAGCUUUCCUUGAACAAUAUUUCACCUUCGCCGCGGGUGCUAGGGACGCUGAAUGCACUGGCUUUGACCGGGAGUUGUGUUGUGAGGGCUUUCAUUCCUGCCCUUUUCACUACUCUGUUUGCUCUCGGGGCAAGGACUCAGUUCCUGAGAGGCUAUGCUAUCUGGGUCUUGAUGUCUUUGAUUGCUGGCGGAUUUGCUAUUGUAGUGCGAUAUCUUCCAGAGUCGGCCGAGACUCGUGAUCGUCGUCUUAAACGGGAGAGCCGGGAAAUAGUAGCGGCAUCUGGAUAA